UGUCUGAGGGACUUCUAUAUAAGUGUAGUAAGAUUGUAAGAAUUAAUACAAGCAUUUGCUCUCAAUGUCUGAACUAAGUUUUAUUCAAUCUAUGUUUCUGUUUAUUGGGAUCUUCAUGCUUGCGUUUAAGACAUCAGGAGCGCAAUCUGUAGGUGUGUGUUAUGGGAGAAAUGGAAAUAAUUUACCGAAUGAACAGGCAACGGUUAAUUUGUUCAGGGCCAAUGGUAUUGGAAGAAUGAGACUUUACGAUCCAGUUCAGUCAGCACUUCAAGCUCUUGGAGGAUCAAACAUAGAACUCAUGCUUGACGUCCCAAACCCGCAGCUUCAAUCACUUCAAACUGCUGCUGGAGCAAGUACUUGGGUUCGGAAUAAUAUUCAAAAUUACUUGCCAGGAGUUAAUUUUCGUUACAUUGCUGUCGGAAAUGAAGUUGAUCCUAACAAUGGUGGUACUUCCGAGUACGUUAAUCUUGUCCUCCCCGCGAUGAGAAAUAUACAUAACGCAAUUGUAGCAGCAGGACUACAAAAUCAAAUUAAGGUUUCCACCGCAACAUACUCAGGUCUCACCAGUGGAUUUCCUCCGUCACAAGGUGCUUUCCGAGACAAUGUACAAGGGUUCAUUGUGCCAAUCAUUCAGUUUUUAGCCCAAAACAAUUUGCCACUGCUAGCAAACAUUUACCCUUAUUUCAGCUACCUGGGGACUCCACAGGGUGAUCUUCAGUAUGCAUUGUUUACAGCACCGAACGUGGUGGUGACAGAUCCGGUUGGUAAUCGUCAGUACAGGAACCUUUUCGAUGCAUUGUUGGAUACUUUGUAUUCGGCUGUUGAGAAAUCAGGAGGUCCAAACAUCGAGAUCGUUGUUUCGGAGAGUGGCUGGCCUUCUUCUGGUGGUACUGAGGCAAGUGUACAAAAUGCAGGAACUUAUUACAGGAAUUUGAUCAAUCACGUUAAAGGAAAUGGGACGCCAAAGAGACAGGGGAGACCUAUUGAAACUUACUUGUUUGCUAUGUAUGAUGAAAACCUCAAGGGAGGGGCAGAGACUGAGAAACAUUUUGGGCUUUUCAAUCCCACAAAUCAGCAGCCAAAAUACCAACUCAGUUUUUGAGCUAUAAUACUAACAAAUGUAAUGCAAUAAAUAAUAAGGCCCAAUUUGCCUGUAUGGACAAAAUAAAGAACAAGAAAUGUUAAGGAUCUUUCAUGUUUGGAUCA